AUAUAUGAAACAAGAGUGAUAAACCUCAGUCGUAAAAGUACAAGGUAGACGGAAAGUAUAUAAAAUAAAAAUACGUAGAUUGGAUAUUUCCGGAGUGAAAGACUCAAAAUCUGUAUACGAAAAUUUCAAAGAAAACUCAAAAUCACUAAACAAAACAAUACAACGUGUGCAUAAGAAUCAAAACAGGCUCGCGAAAAGAAAAAAAUAAUAGACUGUGCUCAAAAAUCGUUUAUAAUUCCCGAGUGAUAUUCGAACGAAGAGAAAGAGAGAGUCGAAAAAAAGGGAAAAACAUAGGGGAAAUGCACUGUCGAAAACCUUUGUAGUCUUCGGCCAUACAAAAUCGCAGCUGGGAUGGUUUUCGAGAUCGUUUCUCUAGAGCACAAUCAACACAUUAUAUGUACAUGCAUAGUAAAGAAUAACCAAAAGGACUCGAGAGAGGAGGAGGAGGAGGAGCUGCUGCCGACAAUGUCGAAGGAAGUGCCGAAGGCUGUGGUAGCAGAGGAAUUGUGGCGGGAAAAUGUUGGAGUGGCGGACGCGUGGAUCGGAAAGUUACGGGACGCCCGUCAGAUCUCGAGGAUUCUUGGAAGAGUCGCCAAAACUUUGCCCCCGAUGGGACAUCUGAAAAGAUGCUCCGAGAAGCGUUUGCUCCUCGGAUUCGCAGUUGCUCCGUCACCGAGCCACGAUGACGUCGCAAACGACGAAAGAAAGGCUUUUACGCGGGAAGAAAUGUUGAAAUUAUUGAGAGAGGCCGAUCUCGAUAUUUGUCUCUUUGAAAAUGGAGCAAUCGAAAUAAUUGGAGUGCCAGCGGUUGCCGCUCGGACCAGAGCACAAGCGAGACGAGUCUCCGAAAUUUGGCCUCUCAAUUUUCAUCCGGAUCCCCAUCUGGAAAGCAUCCUCGAUGGAACCUGUUUCGACGAACGACAGAUCGAGGCUAUCGAUCGUUGUACAAAAGUUUGCGCAGAGGUGGCGCUUCUCGGCGGUCCUCGCGGAACAAAAGAGUGCCAAGGUAGCGCUGUCGUAUACGAUCCUAAAUCUGACAAGGUCGUCGCUCUUGCAGCUUCGCGGACCGAUCUUCAUCCCCUUUGGCACGCGGCCAUCGUCGCUAUCGAUCUCGUUGCUCGAUUCGGAUCCGGUGGGGCUUAUGAUUUCUCCAAACAUUUAUCCAACUCCGAGGAAUCGAAACGUCCGCGAAUCGAUAAUACCGGACAACAUUUUCCACUCGCUUUUCCUCAAGCGCUUCGAACGAUGGCUCGUCGAUUCACCUACGACGAUGGCAAACCUCCCUUCUACACGUAUCUGUGUACCGAUUACUGGAUAUUUUUGCUAACGGAGCCGUGUUCGCUCUGCGCCAUGGCUCUUCUACAUUCCAGAUUUUCCAACGUCUUUUAUGGCGUUCCCAAUUCUAGUCGAGGCGUUUUAGGAAGCAGGACCCUUUUGCACGAUCUACCGGGCCUGAAUCAUCGUUAUCGCGUCUGGAAAGGCAUCCGGUCCGACGAGUGCUUCGCCGCUUUCAGAGAAAUACAAAAAAAUGUUGCCGUCAGCGAAUAAAAUUAAUAUUUUUCUAAUAAAA